AUGUGGUGUGUUUUACGCAGCCAAUGUUCCCCCGUACCUCCGGUAGUUCGAGAUAAGGCGAGGGGGCGACGGUACGUACCUUCAUCGGUUCAACCUCGGCUCUACCGUCUAAGUACUCGUCUCUUGUUUUUCGUCGUGGACCACAGCGGAUAUCAAGUCUGCGUUUUUCGUGCUAGACAGACGUCAUACGACAGCAUGGCCGCGAUAGUGACUCUCCUGGAGGCUCUCAAAGCCCAUCCUGACGAUGUGUACUUGUUCUCCGAGUUCCCGUUCAUACCUACGAGGCUCCCGGUGUCGGCGGUUAUGGACGCGGAGUUCGGUAUAGCGCGCGAGUGGCAUAUGAUGGUGGGUUUGCUGGUCAACGCUUCUGGCUCCAAGUGGCGUCAUCCGCUUGUGGUGUUGAGGCGGGAUGAUGGCAGGGCCGUACACAAUGGGCGGCGUCGUGAGCAUAAUGUCGUGGUGCGCUACGCAAAGCACGGCCGCAUGUCGUCUGAGGUGAGUCUCGGCGCGGUUUGCUUUCCUGUUUUCACAAAUGCAAUCUGUUACGAGGAAGGUGCUGAUUGCGUAAAUUGUGGGGAUGUCGUCGUGUGUCAACAGCUAUUCACGGAGCACAUGGUGAAGUUUGACGGGGAUCUCUUCGCAAAGAACGAGCGCGCAAUUGUUCUGGUGUACGACCCGAAGCACGAGCUGACUGGUUGUGUGUUCGAGUCGGAAACCGUUGCCGGGUUUGCGGCGCAGAAUCUCCUGAGUGUCAAGGUGGUGCAGCUUUAUGGCGGGCCGCCCCGGUGCAGCAUGCCGUCGACGACCGGGGUGGUUGACACGGUGAAGGCAAUACACCGAUACUGGUUCAUGAGGGACGCUAUGGACAGCAACGAGUGGAAGAAGAAGGGAGAGGUACCUCGACCGUCACUCCCAGACGUGCUGAGGAGGCUGGAACUGGCGUGCAAGUUGACGUCGGAGACGGCUAUUUAG